CCCAUGGCUAAAAUAGGGGCGGCGCCUUUUCCCUUGUCCGCCAUACUUGCACAAGAGCUCCGAGCAACGAACGCACUUAUCUGCAGAGGCACCUGAAAUCACUGCUGCUUUUUUAACUUUAAGACAUGGCUGAGGAUGAGGUGACCCCAGAGCAGCUAGCAGCCAUCGCAGCCGAAAACGAGGAGCCCGAGCCAGUGAACUACAAGCCCCCAGCGCAGAAGUCUGUGAAAGAGAUUCAGGAGCUGGAUAAAGAUGAUGAAAGUCUACGGAAAUACAAAGAAGCCCUGCUUGGCCCUGGGAUCACUGAAUCUGAUCCAAAUGCUCCCAAUGUUCAGGUGACCCGGAUGGCCCUCGUCUGUGAAACUGCACCAAACCCUCUGGUGCUAGACCUGCAAGGAGACCUUGAAGCUUUCAAGAAGCAGGCCUUCGUGCUAAAGGAGGGAGUAGAAUACAAAAUAAAAAUCAGCUUUAAGGUGAACAAGGAGAUUGUUUCAGGACUGAAGUACGUGCAGCAGACGUUCAGGAAAGGAAUGAAAAUUGAUAAAUCGGACUACAUGGUGGGCAGCUACGGGCCCCGCCCCACUGAAUACGACUUCCUGACCACGAUCGAGGAGGCUCCUAAAGGCAUGCUGGCCCGUGGGAACUACGUCAUCAAAUCUAAGUUUACCGACGAUGACAAGCACGACCACCUGUCCUGGGAGUGGAACCUCAACAUCAAGAAAGACUGGAACGAUUGAAAAGGGGCCUUUAUGUUAAGGGGAGAGUGGGAUGGGUAGGGGGCUGUGAUCCCUCCAGCGCACCCCCCUCACUCCCACUCUCUUCCUCUCCUCCAUCCUCACCCCAUGUCCACCAUUUCUGCCUUUGUUUUUACUUUGCAUUUCAUGCUCUCAUGCCUUGGUUCUGGCCUGACUGAACCCUGCCGUCUUUCCUCCGUCCAUUUUCACCAAUCCCCGCACGACGUCUCAUUGGUUGCACACGACUCUGUAGCACCAAGCUCCUCCCCUCACACCCAGCUCUGGUCCUCCUGGUUUCAGCUGCUUGAAGAGAUUAACCCCUCCCCCUGCCUUCACCCCACCCCCAGAAUGGUGUCUUCCUCUUUCAGUAUGAAGUACAUGUGGACAAGCAACUGUACAAUCAACUUUCGUUUGCCUUUUUUUUUUUAAUAUAUCUACUUGUAUCAAUGGUUGUGUAAUGUGACUGUAUUCACAUGUUAAUCAGCUGUUGUGUUCAUAGCUAACCCCACCUCAUCCACCCCCACCCUGCCCUCCUUGGCAGUAGCAUUCCUUUGUUUGGUGUCUUUUGAUACAAGAACCAAUACCUGCCUUGUACCAACAGUUCGAUGGGAGCUGCUCUGUAGCGCCUUCACUAAAUGUAUUCUUACCCCUCCCCCUCCUGUACCCAGGAGGUUGGGGCCAAAGUCGACAAAAGAAGUGUGAAGUAUAAAAGUAGCUGCCUUAUGUCUAAACUUAUCAACGUGUCUUCAGUGUACGAGCAGCAAUCUGCCAUCAGCUGUUCUGUUUCACUUCCAUCUGUAGCCCUGCUGUAGUUAAACAGGUUUCUGAUUUGCAGCUCUGCACAAAGCUCCCCCCCACCAAUCUAAAUAAGUGGGUGAAUGUUCCCACGAACCGUGGGGGGGGGGGAUAAAAUGGCAAAACAAUAAUCCAGUAUGGGUUCUCUUGCUCCACCCAGCUACGAGGCCUUAGUACCAAUCUACAGUCGUGUGGAGGAAAACCAACAUUAGAAAUGUUUAUUUUUUAACCGUUGUUCCCUAUAGCCUUAUUGUUCACCAUUCACACUACAUCGCCCAUGCAGAUUGUUAAGAGGAGGUAUAGAGGAGGCUGAGCCAGCCACCGCCUGCUGCUGCCGCCGCCACUGGAGACCUUGGCGGUGUCUGGUCUAAGCCUGUUGACUGACGGGGCCUUGAGCCUUUUUUCUAAAUGAGCGACCCACCCACCCACCAGAUCAGGUGACACUAAACUAACCAAUAAUGUUGGAAGAAAUGAAAUCAAGUCGUACUGUACCAGAACAUCUGGAUGUAAAAACCCUUUCUUCUCAUCGCUAUGUAUUCCUGCACCAUACAUUCCCUCACAUUGUACAGUUUCUAUGAAAACACUGGCAUGCUGGUGGGGUUGUAUAUUAUAUCAUUUGUGGUUGCUCUUAUCGGUCAUUAAAGAUUUUGCUCAA